AUGACGAAUUCUACAAAAGUUAUAGUUUUAAGAUUUACAAAAAAUGGUCAAUCACCGAUCGAUUUAAUUGACAAAAUUGUACAACCUAAGAGAUUUCCACCGUUAAUCUUAAAUGGUCAUUGGUUAAAAGAUGGAAUUGCCACUUUAUUUAACGACGGCAAUACAGCGAAAAUUUUUUUGAGCGGUGAUAGAAUUCCAUCAACAAUAUCUGGAGGCCCGCUCUUAAAUGAUGAGUACGAAUUUUACAAUGCUCACUUUCAUUGGGGCGAGGAUAAUUGUAGGGGUGCUGAACACACGAUCAAUGGUACUUGGUUUUCCAUGGAAUGUCACGUAAUACAUUGGAACCGGAAAUAUCUCACUUUUGAAGAAUGCUUAAAACACCGAGAUGGUCUUUGCGUGCUGGCUUUUUUAUUUUUGGUUCAGUCUUGUCAAUGCAAUAAUGUCAAGUUUGAUAGAAUCUCUGAAAAUUUGCAAUACAUUCAAAAUGCUGGCUCAGAAAUAAAUAUUCCACCAAACUCUUUAUCUUGGAUGCGAAUAGCAACAAAUUGUUCAAGUUAUUAUACUUAUCAAGGAUCCAAAACAGAGGAACCUUAUUGGGAAUGUGUUACGUGGAUCGUAUUUCCAGUUAUUAUUCCUAUUCAAUCUCACCAACUUAAUGAAUUUCGAAAGCUGAAGAAUAAGAAAGGUGAAUUCAUAAAAUCGAAUUGGAGAGAUGUUCAACUUUUACGAGGACGACGCAUAUUUCUAGCCAUCUCUUAAAAAUUUAUAU